CGCCAAAUAGAUGUAGGAAGGCCGAGGUGACCUGUGCAUAGAGGGAAGAGCUCAACCACGCGAACGGCAGUACCUCUGGGGACUUCACGAAGAUCAAACGCUUCGCAAACUCUCCUCUGAAGGUAUCUUGGAAGGCAGACGAGAUGCAUAGCCACGGGCGCGUGUUGCUGAGUUUGGCCGUUCUGGUGGCGAGCGCUUCGUCUCACACCCUGCACCUCGGCCGAACCUGUCCUGAGGUGACUCCCUACCCCAACCUCUCCAUCGACAAGAUCCUGGGCGAGUGGUAUGUGAUCCACAUGUUCUCCGAUAUCGUGGAUAACACUUGCCUGGUGUGGAACAUGACUCGUGGAACGGAGCCUGACACCAUCGUCCUGAAGGAGACUCGACAGCUCGCCGUUCUGGAUGUGUUCAACGUGAACCACACUCACGCCAUCUCGGCCGUCAUCGACAUUCCCAACCUUGAAGUUCCGGCGAAGAUGCGCAUCCGCUGGCCUACGUCUAUCACUGGCAAGGCCGAUUUCGUCGUUUUCGACACGGAUUACAACUCUUAUAUGGCUGUAUUCGAGUGCGACCGCGCGGGUCUGCUGCACCGCCGCUCCGUCGCUAUCCUCUCCCGCACCAAGGCCAUUGAUGAGCUCUUCCUCGAUCGGGUGCGCCGUCUCCUGGACACUGCCAAGGUCGACCAUUCCGCUCUCGUUGGUAUCAGCCACGACUCCUGCCGCGAGAUCGGAGAGCACAACUGGCACGUGGACGAGGAGCUGUUCGACAUCAUCCCAGGCACAGACGAGUAAAACCUGUCUGCUUACGCUCACCGUUGGCGGUAGCCGUUAUUAACACAUUUAUUAUUAUUAUUAUUAUUACUAUAUUUAGAGUGGAUGCACAUUGCAAUAAAGCUGUCCUUUUCGGUAU